AUGUCGAGCCAGCCACUUCUGCAAACGGCGCCGGGCAAGCGCAUCGCCCUUCCCACCCGCGUCGAGCCCAAGGUCUUUUUCGCCAACGAGCGCACGUUCCUGUCAUGGCUCAACUUCACCGUGGUCCUCGGCGCUCUCGCUAUCGGCAUGCUGAACUUUGGUGAUCGCCCGGCCUUUAUCUCAUCCUUCUUCUUCACCUUUGUCGCCAUGGCGACAAUGGUAUACGCACUCGCCACAUACCAUUGGCGAGCAAGGUCGAUUCGCAGGAGGGGACAGGGCGGCUUCGACGAUAGGGUUGGCCCUACCCUGCUGGCCAUCGUCCUGCUCCUGGCCGUCAUCGUCAACUUCGUGCUGCGCAUAUCCUACAACUCGAAGCAGCCCUGA